AUGCAAAACGAGCGUGCUAUCGGCGCCUUGGCAGGCGCGAUUGCAUGGGCGGUCAAGGUCGGGCUGGUCUCUGGCGAGCUUCUGGUCAACCCCUCGCCGCAGCAGGCGGCGCUGAGCGAGCUGUCGCUCACGUACGCGGGCGCGAGCGGCGGCAGGGCGCUCAUGGUGGAGGCGGCGGGCGACCAGGCCGAUGUAUUGGACGGCCUGCGGCUGCAGGGCCUGCUGCCGGACCUGACCGCCUCGGGCGGCCAGGGCGCGUCGGCGCCGCGGGAGAUGUACUCCGAGGCCGACGCCCUGCGCGCGCUCGACGCGCUGCAGAGCCGCGCGCUGCGCGCCGGGCUCCUGUCGGGCGCGCGCCGCCCCGACGGCCGGCGCGCCGGCGAGCUGCGGCGCGUGUCAGCUGCCGCGGGCGUGCUGCCUCGCGUCGUGCACGGGUCGGCGCUGUUCGACCGCGGGGAGACGCAGUGCCUCGCGGCGGCCACUGUCGCACCCGAGCGCGAGGCGGUCGCGGCGGACGCGGCGGCCGCAGCGGCCGCGGCGGCGGCCGUCUCGCUGUCCGCGCCGCUGCCGUCGGCGGCCACGGCGUCGGCCAACGCCGCGACGGCCACCCUCGCGUCCGUCGCGACGCCGAGCGCGCCCGCGACUGCGCAGGCCGGCGGCGCGGCCGCCGCGGGCGCGGCGGCCGGCCAGGAGGUGCGCGCGGCGAAGCGGCUGCUGCUGCACUACAGCUUCCCGCCCUACUCGACUGGCGAGGUCGGGAAAGCCGGCGGCCCCGGGCGCCGGGAAAUCGGGCACGGCGCGCUCGCGGAGAAGGCGCUCGCGCCCCUGAUGCCGGGUUUGGACGCGUUCCCCUUUUGGGCGCGCAUCUCGGCCGAGACCCUCGGCAGCAGCGGCAGCAGCAGCAUGGCGGCGGUGUGCGGCGGCGCGCUGGCGCUGCGGGCGGCGGGGGUGCCUCUGGCGGAGCUCGGGGCGGGGGUCAGCGUGGGGCUGGCGGUGGAGCGGCCGCCGCAGCUGGAGCUCCUCGAGGCGCCGGGCUCCGCGCCGCCGGCCGUCUACUCGCCCGGCGGCGGGGCGCGGGUUGACUACGGCCGCAGCGUCUUGUUGACCGACAUCCAGGGGAUGGAGGACCACCUGGGAGACAUGGACUUCAAGGUGGGGGUUUGGGGUUUAGGGUUUAGGGCUUAG